UUUAAUUCGUGGAGGUGCUGACAUUGACAGUCCAAUUUUGUCAAAAUUAUCUUUUCAAUAUUUUCUUUUGUAAGUCAAAACAGGGAAAAAAAUAAGUAGGUUUUGGAAUAUUUACGAUAGAGCUUAACUGUUUGCAUCAAUUUAUCUAUAUAUGUUUCUUUUUAAAAGGGGUCAAAAAAGUGGGUGGACCUAGGUCGCUAAUUAGACAGUGUUUUAGUGUUAUGCAGAUGAAAUUAACUUUUCUGAUGAUGAAAAAUGAAGGGGGUCGAUAAUUCACCAGCUGAUCGUGAAGGGAUGACAAACAAACCAAUAAUAACAUGUGCUGGAGAUUGGAACUUAUUCUGUACUCUCGAAGCGCCAUUAGUGGCUGCGAUUCCUCAAGAUUCGUGUGAAUGGCGAAGGUCUUACGGUCGAAUCACUAAGUUUGUUUAUUUAGAAGCAUCCUUUGUAAAAUUUAAUAAGGACAAAAAUCAAUCUGAGUUAAAUCUUCUGAAGCGACCAAUAUUCCACGUUUAUUGGACGGAUUGUGUGGACAUAGAGUAUUAUAAAACAACACUCCGAGAAGACAUAGAAGGAUGGCUCAAAUAUUUAGAGAAAAACAAUGUAACAGACUGGAUGAUAGUUUUAGUAGAGACUUACGAUAUAAGAAAAACAAACAAAUUAUUGCCAAGGACUACUGUACUAGAUAAAAUAAAGGGUGAUUUUUCAGUUAAACAAACCGAGGAUAGAUUUAUUUCAGUUAUUAAUCCAAUAAAGUCUGAAGCAAGAAGUGCUGAGUCAUGGAGAGCAUUGGUAGCAAAAGUGAGGCAUUUUGUUCUUGUAGCAUAUAAUAAGGCACUCAUUAAGUUUGAGGAGCACAUGAGAGAACAGAGAGAGAAAAGAAAUGAUCCAGAAUGGGAUUUUUGUAAAUACUUUAUUUUACAAGAGCAAUUAGCAUUUGUACUUGAAAUGCUCUGUCUCUAUGAAGAAGCUUUAGUGCAAUAUGAUGAAUUGGAUGCAUUAUUUUCGCAAUUUGUACUCAAUUCGAAUGUAGCCGAGAGUCCAAAAUGGCUCGACACAUUUAAGCAACAAGUGACAUCUUGGCAAGCAGUAAGACUGACAGCAUUAGUACCACAGAAUUUAAGGGAAUUAAUUAUUAAGAAAAAGGCAUCUCUAUUAGACUUUAGAAGUUAUUUAUUCCAACGACAAAGUGCCAUGUUACUACUUACAUUUAAGCCAUGGGAGAUCGCGUCCCGUUGUCUAACAACAGUCCACAACACGCUGGUGGAGCUGUCUCUGCUGGGCGCGCAGGCGGUGGAGGGCGCGGCUGCGUGCUGGGCGCACUUGGCCUGCGUGGAGACGUUGCGUGCGUGCGAGCGAUUGUCCUCCACCAACACUGCGCUGGAGGCUUGCACCGCUAUGCAUGCGCCCUUGCUGCAUAACGCUAAGGAUAAGUUGCACGAGCUCGGUAAACUCUGUGGCUUAUUGCCGGGUUCGUCAGACCCAUCGUCCGAGCAACUGCAUUUGGUGGUGAUGUUGUCCGCUGGCAUGGGAGACAGCGAGCCCAACAACCAGCAGAGCCCGACAGAUAGACUGAAGGAGGCAUUGUGCAGCAAGAACAGCUUCCAACAGUACUACUUAGAAUUGGCCGAGCUCGCAAUGGGAACAUACAAGCAUAUUGGAAGGUUAAGAUUCGCGCGGCACAUCGGGCGCGACCUGGCGGCGUUCUACUCGGAGCUGGGCGAGUCGGGCAAGGCCGUGGUGUUCCUGACGGACGCGCUGCGCUCGUACGAGGAGCAGGGCUGGCGGGACCUGGCCGCGCACUCGCGCCUCGAGCUGGUGGCCGCCGCGCUCCGCAUGCGGGACGGCGACCGGUACACUAAGCUCUCUGCUAGAAUAGCUAGUACAGCCGAAUUGGAGAUUCUAGUCAGGAAUUUUUAUUUCGAAGAAAUGAUGAAAUCGCUUAGAGAUAAUCUCGCGGACAAAAAGGAAACAGUACUGACAGAGCUCAAUGACUGCUUUCAAAUAGUAUCCGCAACGUUACUGCCGUCCGAACGUGAUGUUUACAUCACAGAUAAUAAAAUACAAUGCCGUUUCGUCGUUGAGAGUUAUAUGCCCAAAGAUGUAAAUUGUACACGGGCGGCUAUCAGCGUAGAAGUAUAUCAAGACAAACAGACGGAAAAGAGGACGCCCGUGAAGAAUAAUAAGACUGAUUUAAGUGUUAGUGUAGGUUCACAGUCCAACUCCCCGCGGAGAUCAACGCCGGAUGAUACUUCUGAGAAUGAAUCGAAUAACUUAAUUACUAGUAUAAGACUAGAUGAUUUAAAACCUAAAAACCCGUUAUUAAAUCCAAUGAAUAUAACGUCUAAGCUACAUUACAAAGAGGACAAAACGCUCCAAAAAGCGACGGUAGAAUGUCAAAACCCUAAAGUCACUCUGAAGAGAUCUGAUAGCAGCAAAUAUAGAAAACCAUCCGCUACGGUGAGAAAUAACUACGAAACGUGCUUCUCUGCCGACGAUAUUAUAAUAAAACCAGGGUUAAAUGAUGUAACCGUUGAAUAUAUAGCCAAACAGUGCGGUAAAUUCAAAUUGGGACAAAUUUCGUUGAUCGUGGAAGGUAAAUUGGAGUUUUUGUCUAAUGCUCUGGUAUCUAGUAAAAUGGGAUAUGAGGUGGAAACCCAAGGAGUCAGUGUGUAUUUGAAUAAAGUGGAAGCGAAGAAGGAUUUGGUAGCGGGUUUGGAACAGGAGAUGGAGCUGGUGGUGAACAGUGGGAGUUCGAAGAUUGAGGAGAAUGCGAAGAUCGAAUUGCGAACUUCAACUGGUCUUCAUAUGCGUUUCGUGGACGACCAAUCAGCGAUGUCCCGUGAACUGUCUAUUCCUAUUGACGCGAUUGGACCGUUCCAAACGGCUAAAAUACAGCUGCGCCUCUUUGCGAUCUUACAACCAAAGAGGGAGAAAAAUAUUGAACAUACAGUGUGGCUGACCUGUCCAUGGUGGGAGUCAGCUACAGAGGUGCCUCUGCACUUCGUGCCGCCCAUGUCUGCCUCCUGGCGUCUGCUGACUUCCAACACCAGGAAGCUCGUGCACAUCACGCUGAAGUCCACCGUUGCACAUCCGCUGCAAUUCCUACUCACCGACCCCAGCUUGGACUGUGAUGCCAAUACCAAUGUGUCCGAUUUGAACCCGAAAAACGCUGGGGAUCUGGUUGUUGCUUCAGAUGGUACAACUGCAUCAUUCAUGUGGGAGUUGCUCAAAGACCCGCUUGUGAAAGCUGGGCCGAUGAAAGCCACAUUUUCAGUAAACUAUCGCCUGAAAUCGGCCAAAGAAGAAACUUCUAGAAGAUUCUCUUGUCCAUUUGACAUUCAGGAUUACACAACGUUGUUCGUUAUUAGGACGAAAUUGGAGCCGGGGAAAGGUUCGGACUUCUGCAGGGCGUCGCAAGUUUGCUGUUUGCAGUUAAAUGUACAAAGGGUAAAUGAAACGGAACACACCUCCUUGAUGUAUGAAGUGCUAGCUGAUCAAACUAUGUGGGCGGUACUUGGACGUACUGCAGGCGUGAUAACGAUGGAAUCCAACUCCACGGAGGGUCAGUGCGUGUCGCUGGACGUGAUGCCGCUGGGCGCCGGCUACCUGCCGCUGCCCGCCGUCAGGCUGUCCAAGUACAUCGCCGCCAACACACGAGAUCCAAAGAAAGAUAUAUCAGCUCACCCAAGAUUAGAACCCUUUAGUCCAGGUCAAGUGUACCACGCGGGCAAGGCCAAGCAGAUACACGUGCUGCCGCCAGUCCCUAAAGAACACGUGGAUAUUACCGUUUGAAUUGUCGAAUAUAUGUACAUUGUAUUUCCAAUGUUAAUAGAAAUACUUGUAAUUCUGUAAAAGGGCAUGGUGCUAGAGCUGUGUCUCCGCAAAAACAAAAAUUGGAAAUGUUGUGUUGACCACACAUGAUGGUAACAAAUGUUUGUGUAAUAACCUUAAGUUGACAACGAAAAGGGUCGCAAUAUUGAGUAAUUGCUUGUGACUUUCUGAAGUAAACAGUUGCUAACACUUAUUUCCAACUAAUACAGUGGAAUACACUUCAUGAUAUUGAAGUUUAUAAUCAGAUGUUGUAAACAUUUUCUUUCUAGAUAAUGCUGCAAUUUGUGCUACAUUUUUUAUUGGGUUUAAGGUUAAUAUACAUAGGAUGAAAAAAUUAUGCUUAAUUGCUUGCUCUCUGAAUAUAUCUACGGACAGCUUGUUAGCCGUGCUAAAACUUAUGUGGUAAUGUCAAUUAAAACGCACAUUCUGAUAUAAAAAAGUAUUUAUUUAAGCUUCAUUCAGAUUUGAUACUAUUUCAUUAAAAAAUUAAUUAAAAAACGAUGUUGAUCAUGAAUAAGUAAUGUAAAAAAUAUAACUAUUUAUACUUCUUACAAUGAUGUAUUAGUUCUACACAACAUAUUACUUCGAAAUGUCUCGUAUUCAUGGAAAGGACAGUCCAUUUUUUCCCUGUUAGGAUGUUUUAGGAUAAAAAUGAGAUCUCUUUUUAAUAAGCAAGCUCUUAUAAUUUGGGUGAAAUUUCUGUCAUUCGUGGUAAAAUUAUUUAUUAGUAGGAAUAUAAUGAACAUAAAUAUCAUUAAAUGGAACAUAAUUACUGUAAUGUCAACUGUUUAAUGAAAAGAUACAAAUUUAUUUAGUAGUAUGUAAAAACACUAUAGCGUCUGACGAAUUCAAGCUUAAUUUUGAGCUUCAAAUAUCAUACUUCAAGACAAAGAUUGUCUUAGCAAUCAAAAAAUGGCAUUGCAAUUUGCAAUCUGAUUUGUAUGUAUAAUAAUAAAAAAUAUCAACGAAACUUGUACAAAUUAUUGUGUCAAUAAAGUGUACCUAUAAAGGUACAUAGCACAAUGCUUGUGGGAACCAAAAAGUGGCAUAUUCAAGUACUAUCGUCAAUAUCUUAAAUAAAAAUGUCGCUGAAACAAGAAAAACCUUUGGGGUUAUUAAAAGAAAAUAUUUGUGCAGUUUGUGCAGAUUCUAUUGAAUUGUAUCUGACAACAUAUGUCAAAAAGAAAGUUUAUACUAAAAACCCUUUUAGUAUUUUAUCAUCCAUCCGAAAUAAAUAAAAAAAAAUUGAAAAAGAAAUUUGUGUGCAAAGUAUUUUAAGAUCAAGCGAUGUGUUCUAAAGUUCUAUCUUCAAUCUGAUUUAUGUGAAGUCUUGGACCAUACAAUAUAUGUGAUAAAUGUAUUUAUGGAGAUCUUUGUAUAUUGUGCAGUUAUGAAAAUUACACUUAAGGCUAUUUAAGAGCAUUCAUAAUAUAUAUAUACUUUUACAUACUGGUAAAUUCGUAUGAGUCAUUUCAAAUCUUAUCGUAAUAUAUCCCUUCAACAAAUGCUCGGUGAAUGCAUAAGAGCAGAUUGUUUUGUCUUCUAAAGCUUAAAAUAUAUUCAUUAUAGAUUGGCAUGAAAAUUGUAAUUAUAGUUUUAGCUCGAGAUGUAAAGGUUUCUUUUCAAAAUUAUUUCAAUUUACUACAAAUUCCAAUCUUUAGAGUGUAAAUAUUUUCGGUGUUUUUUAGUAGUAAUCAAUAGCUAUGUUAAUUGUUAAAUACAAAAACAUGUUAUGCUGAUAUUUGUGUAAUAAAGAAAAACAUUAGCAAAUGUAAUCACAUUAGCUAUUGAUAUUAUUUUUAUUUUCUCAAUAUUUUCAUUAGAUAUUAUUAAAUGUUUGUUAUAUAAAACCUAGUACAUAAAUAGUGUUAAAAGUGGAGCUUUCGCAAUAUUACAGUUGUCUGUUGUAACUGUAUUAGUUGUAGCUUUUAAAAAAUAUUCAUGUAAGUAAAGCCAUACGUUAAUUCAUUUUUCGCAAUUAUUAUUUAUUAAACAACGAUUUAAUAUGCAUAGUCAUGUGUUAUUGUUUAUCUUCAUAUAUAAAUUUCAACUUAAUUUUCAUGUUAUUGGAGUACAAAAUCGUCUGGUAUUUGAUUUUAAUACAUCGACGCCAUGUUUUCAUAGAUUAAUAAUAACUAGUCUUUGUUCUUGUCUAUUAUUUAUCUAUGACAUUCGAAUUAUGUUUAGGUGCUAAAAUGAUUUUCACCGAUACAUUUAAUGUAUGUAUAUUAUGUAUUCGAUUGUGCUCCGUUUUUAGAUUCUAUAUGUCAUGUACUGCGUCGUAUUAAUAUAAUUUAAUUGUUUACUCAGUUGUUUUUAAGAAAUGUAAUAAUUUAUGUUUAUAGAAUUUUUUACUUAACGAUAAAGUCAUAUUAUAACAUCUAGUGCCGGAUUUGUAAUAUUAAAAAUAACAUCACUCUUUGGAUGUUAAUUCUAACGAUUGUGGAAAUCAUAUAUAUAAUAUCACAUGCUACCAAGAAAACAAAAAGCAUUUUCUUUUUUUUUUACUUGGAAUGCUAAGAAAUAUUUUAUCAGGCUUAAUUGGUAACAUUACAUGUUACUAUGAUGUAUAAAAAUAUUAGUUAUUAUAAUUAUCAUAUUAUUGAAUGUACAAGACAAGAUUUUUUUUUCUUAUAAAAUAAUUGUUUUUUUUUUCAUUAUUAAAAAUAAAUAUAUGGCUUAGCACAAGAUAUCACUAAUUUGUUUUAGAAUAUGGAAUCGCCAAAAACCAAAGGUAAAUCAAUUUAAUUUAACCAUCAUAAAAGUUUUUUCUUUAUAUGUGAACAAUAAGUUUCAUAUAAUAUUGGCUGGAUAUAAUUUAAAGAUUUAUUUGUAAUCUAAAAUUGUAUACAUAGAUAUAAGUAUUGUCAUAAUAAAUGUCGUGGUAGACUCUUAAAUACACUAAUAUAUUAUUUUUUUGUAACAAGCAAACUAUAUCUGAAAAAUACAUAAUUGUUAUUGUAAAUAUUAUUCAAACUGUAUAACUGAAAAAUGUAUUUAUAUGCAAUUACAUACAUAAUACCUCUAUGGCUAUCAAUAUAAUGUUUAUUGUUA